AACAAAUGCCAACCAAUCAUUUUAUGGCUAAGACCAUCACCAUGUGUCCUCCUCCUCUCCUUACCAAAAUGGCUAAACACAAAAACUCAAACAAUCCCAUAUCAAAAUGGCCAAUACCUAUCUCUCCGACCACAUUUUCCGGCCAAUCCCCUGCACUUCCCGGCGACUCAACCACACCGGAGGAAUUUCUCUCUCUCCUCCCAACAAUUCCAAAGCUAUAUCCGUAACUGUCAAAACUGGCCAAAAGCCCAAGUGGGUGGUUAGGCUGAGCUUGGUGGAGCAAAAUAUCCAGCCGAAAAAAUCAACAACGGUGGACGUUGAACGGCUGGUGGGGUUCUUGUACGAGGACUUGCCACACCUGUUUGAUGAUCAGGGGAUUGACCGGACGGCUUACGACGAACGGGUUAAGUUCAGAGACCCAAUCACCAAGCAUGAUUCGAUUAGUGGGUACCUGUUUAACAUUGCCCUGUUAAAGAAGCUCUUCAGGCCUGAUUUUCAGUUGCAUUGGGUUAAACAGACAGGACCCUUUGAUAUAACUACCAGAUGGACAAUGGUAAUGACGUUUGCUCUGCUGCCGUGGAAACCAGAAUUGGUUUUCACGGGGACUUCGAUUAUGGGCAUCAAUCCUGAGACCGGGAAGUUUUGCAGCCAUGUGGACUUCUGGGACUCUAUAACAAACAACAACUAUUUUUCUUCGGAAGGUCUAAUGGAUGUAAUAAAGCAGUUACGGAUAUACAAGACUCCAAAUUUGGACUCGCCAAAAUAUCAGAUACGUAAGAGGACUGCAAACUAUGAGGUCCGAAAGUAUUCUCCAUUCGUCGUUGUGGAAACAGAUGGUGACAAGCUUUCUGGGUCAUCUGGGUUCAAUGCAGUAACUGGGUAUAUCUUUGGGAAGAAUUCAACAAAGGAGAAGAUUCCUAUGACGACUCCAGUCUUCACUCAGGCAGUCGACAGUGAAAUGUCCAAAAUUUCCAUCCAAGUAGUUCUUCCAUCAGAAAAGGAAAUGACCAGUUUACCGGCUCCAGAUGAAGAAAAAACCAAAUUGAGGAAAGUGGAAGGAGGCAUUGCUGCAGUAUCAAAAUUCAGCGGAAAGCCUACGGAGGAUGUUGUUCGUGAGAAAGAGAAAUCACUACGCUCUAGUCUCAUCAAGGACGGUCUUAGACCUGAAACAGGUUGUUUGCUCGCUCGCUACAAUGAUCCUGGCCGAACAAAGAGCUUUAUGAUGGUAUGAAAACGAAGUCCCUUCAUCUUCAUGUUUUCAAAAGAAAUUGGAUAGAAAAUUGAACAUGUUUUUCAAAUUUUCCUUUCUCUUUCUCUAGAAACCAAACAAAGGAAAGAAAUUUUUUGAAACGUUCUCUUUCUUUCCCUGAGUUCCAAACACAGCCGAAAGCUUCAUAUAUUUUCCCUCUUUCGGUUGAAAUUGUAAAACCCAAUACCAUAUGGAAAUUCUGAACUUCAUUCCACUGAGGAUAUCCUUGUAAGUAUUUUCUUCACUGCAUGCAACAUCACUGAACCCCUUGUUGUAUGGUG